GCUGACGCUCUCAGCGACGGUUCUUAUUGGCUGCUGCUGAGUCGGAAACAUUCGGUCCGGUAUUGUUAGUCCUCCGGGUGUUAUUCAACAUGGCUGUGCCUGCUGGAAGAUCUGUAGUCUUCGUGACUGGAAAUGCAAAAAAACUCGAAGAGGUCAUUCAGAUCCUAGGGGACAAGUUUCCCUACAAACUGGUGUCAAAAAAGAUUGACUUGCCUGAAUAUCAAGGAGAGCCAGAUGACAUUUCCAUACAGAAGUGUAAGGAGGCUGCACGGCAGAUUGACGGGCCGGUCAUAGUGGAGGACACCUGUCUGUGUUUCAAUGCUUUGGGAGGCCUGCCUGGUCCUUACAUAAAAUGGUUCCUGGAUAAACUCAAGCCAGAAGGCUUGUACAAACUCUUAGCCGGGUUUGAAGAUAAAUCGGCGUGGGCUCUCUGCACUUUUGCUUUCUCUGCUGGGAAAAAUGAACCAGUCGAGCUCUUCAGAGGGAAAACAGAGGGGCAAAUCGUGGAGCCAAGAGGACCUCGAGAUUUUGGAUGGGAUCCUUGUUUCCAGCCUGACGGUUAUGACAAAACUUAUGCUGAACUGCCCAAAGAGGUGAAGAAUACGAUCUCUCACCGAUACCGGGCGCUUGCUGCCAUGUCGGAGCACUUCUGUCAAACCAACAAUACCUCGCCACAGGUCAAGAAGAAGAAGCAGGGAGAUUAAAGAGUCGUUUGUCAGCCAACUUCAGCAUCUGAAUCUGGAGCAAACUGCCCAAAGCUCAAGUCAUGUUUGAUAGUUGUGUGAAAAGGUAUGGCAGAUAGCAGCUUUGUGAUCCCUUGUAGAAUCUGAGGCAGAAAAUGUGCUGCAUAAUGUCGUUUUCUCUUUUUAAUAAACUUAUUUUUUAAACAAA